AUUAAAUUAUGAACGUAGUUUACUUUACGUAAACUUUAUUGAAUUUUAUUGCAGUUUCACACAAAGUAUUGAUUUUCGAUGGCGUAAGUGACUUCAUGCUGAAUAUAUUUUGGAGUUUUCUCGCCGAAGGCAAUGCGCACUCGGUUUACCGGUACAUUGGACCUAAAAGUGAUACAUUUACUGGGAUGGUAUUGAAACUUCCGAAAGAUACAACUCUUAAGAAUCAAACUCGACUUCUUAGACAAUAUCGUUUUGUUAAAAAAGUUGUUAUAGGUUCUUCGAUGUUUCCCGUUGAAGCAUUUCAAUGUGAAGAUGCAGUUUUUCUUGAAAAGAGAAACAGAACAUGUAACAUUUCAGUUGAUCCUUUUGUUACGAAACCAAAAGAAACCGUGAAAAUUCCUACAAGUGACCCUGACAUAAUUAAUUUACCCAAGUAUUACCCUUACACAAGUGAAAUCUAUCUGUUUGGUUUUAUUACAACGUUGAAUCUUGAGAAUUUCCAACAUGAAAGGAUGAAGCUACCCAUUGAAGGAUUAGGAAUUCAAACCAUCUUAACAUCUUUUAGUUUACCCCAGGGGAAUCGUUAUUCCCUGUUUAAUAAUGUGAUAACAAUUCUUAGGGAUAUCUUUUUUAUUUAUAAAAAAGUAUUCUUCAUGAUAAAUCAACAGGAUAAUACAGAAAAAUAUCCACCACAAAAAAACAGUAUCAAUAUGUCGAAAACUAUAGGCUUAGUACACAAAAUGCAUAUCCCCUAUCAAAAGUUACAAUUGCUGGAUGAGUUUCAUAUGCUUAAUGUUGAAAUGGAAUCAUUAAAUCAUAACUUAUCCAUUUUCCCCUCUUUUGUUCGUCCUACCAAUCAACCUACUCCACCUACCUCAUUUUACGAUUUACCUCUUAACGUUGCUUUAUCUAAAGGUUUAACAAUGCUUAAAGAGAAAUCAUCUUUAUUGGGUAUGAACCAUUGUCCAUGUCGUAGCGUCGUGAAACACGAGCCUCCUCAUUCAAGUUCCGAGGCGUUUUCUUAUAAGAAAGGAUGUCGUGAAUUGUUGUCUUCUUUUGUUAAAACUGGUAGUCCACAUGGUGGUCGUCGUGAGCGAAAAAAAGGAUUAAAAAAGAAGUAUCGCAUAUCUCAUUUAGGAAAAAGUCAAUCUUAUGCUUUAUUAGAAAGAGAUCUUAUCACUCCUCCAAUGGCAAUGCAUGAUUUAUUAGGUUUUCCUUCGUGCGGAGUCACAGUAGACUCAAGCGAUAUGAAUUUGUUGAGUAAACCAAAAUGGGUUUAUUUUACGUGUGAAAUGAAACCCAAAACAGGUCUGCCGAUGCAAGUCGUGAUGAGUGAAAGUGAUGAUACUUUUCCCAGUUUAUCUUCAACUCGUUUUACUUUACAACAAGAUCUAAAAUUGUUGCAAAAAGAAAUAUCCAAUCCAAGUUUUUAUAAUCCUUGUCAUUUUUUUAGUCAUCUUAGCAACGAAAAAGUUGUUUUUGAACAGUUUUGUUUAUUACAAAAAAAACCUCAAAACAAUUGUCACCUAUUUAUUAAUGGAACGCGCAUUGUUUGGUGUGAUGAUCAACAUGAGAAACAGCUCGAAAUGGAAACAAAUAAGAGCCAUUCCAAUGUGAAUCUUUUUCGUGUAGCACCUUAUCCGUCACCUUCUACCUUUCAGAAAUGCUACUCGGAACAAAAUUCUUCAUUAAAACAUUUUUCUUGUCCCAUUCAUAAUCUAUUACACCCAUUAACCAAUUCUCAUCGUUUUCAUAAUUAUAUUUAUUUAGGAACAGAUACAACAAUUCAUCAAGAGACUUUGCUACCUAUUUUCAAAUUAUUUGCUACAAUAGUUCACAAAGAACGGAAUUUGCUUUAUAGACUUUUAUAUAUUCAUUCUUUUUGUGAAGGGCAACAAGAAGUUGCAGAUCUUCUUCUGAACUAUUUGAUUCAAAAAAACUGGUUAAGCGUGCGUCGAAAAACACCAUCAUCCACGGAUGACUCCAAACGCUUUAUGUUAGAAGAUUUGAAUCAUUUGUGUGUUCAACCUUUACAAUCACAAAAACCUUUUGAUCCAUUUUCGAAAGGUACAACUAGUAACACUUUCAAUAUAUCGAAUAUUGAUCAUAAUUUCAUGUCAGAUGAAAAAGCGUCAGCGGCUUUAUACGAUUUUCGUCCUUUUAUUCAAACAAUAACAAAAAAAGUUUGGAGCCAGCGAGCAUGUAAACAACAUGGAACGACUCAAAAUGUCAUGGAUUCGGAAAUGCAAAUAGCUCAACAACUACAAAAAGUACAUUUUAUUGUUGGUCAAAACUUAUUAAAAGAACAUGAGCAAGUUCAAGAUGUAUGUGCAAAUAAUAAGAUUGAUACCUUGAAAAAAAAAAGUGUUUAUUGGAUCUAUCGAUAUCUUGUAGGACGUACUUUUUUAGAUUGUAGCCUCAUGCUCAAUCUUGCUCUUUCGAUUGGAGAACCCGUAGAAACUGAUCUUUGUCGUUUUAAAAAACUUUGCGAGUUCUCUUUACAUAAUGUUUUGAACACUCGUAGUGAAAUCCAAACGAAUGGCUUUAAUAAUGCUUCUAUUCAAUCUUGCAUACAGAAUUUAAAAAUUUUUCAGCCAACUUUGGACAUUAAACUCAAUUCAAAAAAUCAACGCGUUAUUUCGUCUCAAAAAAAGAGAUCAACGACAACAGAAAAGUAUCGAUGGACUGAUGUCGUAUCUCUCAUUCAUCCAUUAUUAAAGAAAAAUGAGUUGUUUCAAAAAUCUGAAAAUACUCUUGUUUGUGAAUCGAAUUCAUCAUUUGUUGACCGAAAAUCUCUUAUGCUUAGUGUGUAUUAUCGAGUCAGUUUAGUUGACUUGGAUUUAAAGCUGGCUUCUAAAAUUCCACGAUGGGCAAAACAAUUCCGCGAUAUUUUACAUGUUCAUAAAGUUAAAGAGAAAUGUGAACACCCCUUAUCACAUAAAUGCCCGGAACAUAAUUUAAUCUUUUCAUAAAUUUCUACUUUUUUGAUACAUUCAUUCAUAUAAUUUUUUUUAACAAAAUUUCAUCAAAAAUAAUUAAAAGAAAAAAAAAAAGAUAACAAUAAAAAGAAAAGACUACGAGGAUUGGUUCAUAGAGCUCACUUGUUCAUUUCUCAUCAUGUUCUUACUACAGAAUGUUUGACAUCUGUGACUAGCGAAGAAUUACGCCAACGUACAAUGAUUGAUUGUGAAGCUCAAAUUUUUGAAAAGAAACAGUUUGAUACAACCGAAAGGAAGACCCAGGCUUUCUAUUCAACUCCUAUUGUCGUUUCCGGAAAGCUUUAUGGAGGAUAUGUGUUUUGUCCCAAGGAAAUUCUAUGUCAAAUUCUUCUUCUUCAAACAACGUUUUACGCGUCUUUAGGUUUUCUAGUACUUUUUGUUUUUUCCUUUUUAGGUUACCCUUCAAGUCCGAAAAUAUUAUUUGAUCCAUACUCUUUUCAAGGGUUUUUUUUAAACUCAGCUCACCGUUGCUAUACUCUUCUUUUUUUUUUUGUCAUAAUUUUAACUUCUUUUUUUCUUGCGUAUAUCAUUGAGAGGACUAACAAAUGCUUGGAUUUCGUUGUUACUUUUCAUUUCAUACACUGCACGGCUUGUUUCAUGAUUUGUGGACUAUCUUCUCUAUCCUACUGGUUUUGGUGUGUCAUUUUAUGUUCUAUUGUCAUAAUGACAGUUAUAUCUGAAAGGGUUUGUAUGAGAACGGAAUUACAGGAAAUAGUUCUUGAGAAGCGCGAUAACUAUAUUCGACCUGAAGCUGCAAUAAAACAUCU